CAAUGGUAUUGACGAGAAAACAAUCUUCUGAGAUUAUUAAAUCACAAUUGAUCCAAUCAUCUUAUCCAAUUGAUUGCGAUGAACAGUUUGAAGAAAAAGCUGAAGAAAAGGGUAAAUCUGAAAAAAGAAUAAAAUUUCCUGAGAAACUUUGGAAUCUCGUUGAAUCUGAUGAAAUUGAAUCAAUCAAAUGGUCCAAAAAUGGAAGAGCGAUCGGCAUCGAUCCGAAGGAAUUACAAUAUGGACUGAGGGUCAAUUUACUCGGAUUCAAAACGGUCAAUUUUUCUUCCUUCACUCGACAAUUAAACCUUUAUGGUUUUCGUAAGAUCAAUUGUGAAACAGAUUAUCACGAGUAUGAACAUCCUUAUUUCACCAAAGACAAAAUUCAUUUGAAAAAAUUGAAACGAAACAAGAAAAUCAAUUAUGAAUCAGAUUCAUCUUCUUCCACAUCAUCAUCGCCGAUCACGAGAACUGAAAUCAAACUGGAAAAUUCACAAUUCGAUUCAAUGAGCGAAACAACUGAAGCGCUCGACGAGAAUGUUAAUCAUGAGGAAAUUGUUGAUUCGAAAGCUGAAGAAAGAGCAACAAUUAAAUGCUUCGGAUCUUUUUAUAGUUGUUUUGAUUAUUAUGGAAAAAGUAAAUCACAAGAAGAUCUCAUUAAAUGGGAUAGUCAAUUUACUGAGGACCAACCGGCGAAUGCUUAUUUCUUUUAA